AUGUUUGGUGGAUAUGACAGGUUUGAAUCAGGGCUAGCAGGCUUUGGGAUUCCACGCAAUAAUCCAAACCGCGGGUUCUCUGAAAUGUAUCGAUGUUAUUCUGUAAUUAUGAUGCAAGGAAACGAAAGACAAAAUGUAAAUUUUGGUGGAAAGAUUAUCCUUCCUCCUUCAGCUCUGGAAAAAUUAGCAAGCUUAAAUAUUGAGUAUCCAAUGUUAUUUGAACUGCGUAAUACCAAUAAAGAACGCCAUUCACAUGCCGGCGUACUAGAAUUUAUCGCAGAGGAAGGACGCGUAUAUUUGCCACAUUGGAUGAUGCAAACACUGCUACUAGAGCAAGGGGAUAUAAUUGAAAUCAAGAAUGCCACCUUACCAUUAGGAAAUUUCGUAAAGAUCCAACCACAGUCAGUAGAAUUUCUUGAUAUCAGUGAUCCCAAAGCCGUUUUAGAAAAUGCACUUAGGAAUUUUGCCACAUUGACUCAAGGGGAUAUAAUAGAGAUCAGUUACAAUACUAAAAUUUACGAGAUAAUGGUGUUGGAGGUUCGGCCUCAUAACAAUGGCAUCUCUAUCUUGGAGACGGAUUUAGAGGUCGAUUUUGCUCCACCUGUGGGAUAUGUUGAACCGAAACCACGACCAAAGACUAUGGCAGAUAAAAUGAAAAUCGACGAACCAGAUUCAGAACCGAAAGGUUGGUCGGCAUUUACAGGAAGUGGUCAACGACUUAACGGAAAAACAGUAAAGGUAUCGGCACAAAAAGGAUCGACAUCAAAAAAAAGUGUUCCUGGAGGUACUACUGCUGGUGCUGCUGCUCAAACACCGUCAGCUGAAUCUCAAAAGAUACCCGGUCCUUUGAAUUUGCCUUUUGGAAAACUGUACUUCGGAUACGAUGUCGUUCCGCUUGGCGAGAAAAAAAAUGAUAAUAAUACCGAAUCGUCAUCUCCAAAGCCAUUUUCCGGUGAAGGGCAGACACUUCGAGCCAAAAAGUCCGCAUCAUCAUCCAGCUCAAAUGCUGUUGAAGAUUCACUACGUACUAAGUUCCAAAUUUCCUUUUCUAUUAUUUUGUGA